UCACUAUACUGGAAAAAUCAUUACUUAAUACAAAUAGGCCUAUUGUUCGAAUGAAAUUUCAUUUACAUGGAUGCCAUUUAUUCACAUUGAAUUUUACAAGUAUGUUCACCCUAAACACACCCUGAACCUCACCCUUUAUUUACUAGAAAUGUGAAGAAUGCUUUGUCCACAGUAAAGUCUCUUGACUCAAUUUUUAGUGUGGAUUAUAUUGGUCUGUCUUUUGGACAUAUAAUGUAUGUCCUUCUCCAGAUAUGAUAUAUACCUGUUUUGUAUGACAUUAAAUAAAAUCAGUAGGCCUAUAUUAUAUAGGGCGAGACUAAGGCUGGUUGUAACAGGAUGUUGUGACAAGGGCUUAUUUAAAAAAACUGAUAAAAUUAUGUUUUAGUUAAUUGUGUUCUUAAUAUUAAAAUUUUAAUAUAAUCAUGUUUGUGUUUGAUAAACAAGUGAACCACACUGACAUUAAAACUACACUGACAUUAUAACCAAAAGCUUGAACUGUGUCCUCAGGACAAAUUGUUUUAUAUAUAUCAAUAUUCACAACUGAGGCAUGUUGGCCCAAAAUGUCAGUCCCCGGGGCGACAAUGGUGUACAAUAGCUUUUUUGUAGCCUAAAAACAGCUGACUUUCAAAAAUAUAAAAUUGCCAGUGGAGUAAUAUGUGUGACAACUAGGUCUAGCUCUAAAGAGUUAAACUAUUUAAAUAUCCCAAGCAUGAAUAAAGAUCACUUGCUUUCCUCAAUCAGGCCAGUGCCGUGUGUUUCCUGAAGAAGCAGGGGAGCCAGAGAUCCACACUUACGCACACACACAGGCGCACGCUCGCUCGCUCGCGUUCAAGUGAACGCCUCUCAUAUGGCUGCUGCGGCCACUCCUCCUGGAACAACAGCACUCUCUGUUCUCCAACGCCGAUAAAUGACACAAUAACGACUAAAAAGUGAUGUGCAGUGACUUUAAAGGACUCCAGCUGAUUUGCAACUUCACACAUGAGGCGUUUGUCCGCGGCGUCGUCCACAAUCUGAGGCGUCGGGACUCGAGAAAUCUGCAGGAAUAAGACGCGCUUCCUUCAAGCAGCUGUGUAUUGAUACACUGAAGCAAAUCGUUUAACUUCAUAUAUGGAUUUUUCUAGCCCUCAGACCCGUCGAGUGGAUGUUUUUAUUUUUAAACAGUGAACUGACCUUCGAAAAAAAGCCUCUAGGCAUCUUAAAAGCCAGUAUUAUUGUAGCUUAAGCUCUUCGGGACACACGAUCCUUGCGCACUUUUGACUAAAACGUGAGAGAUCCAUGUACCAUUAACGCGCCAGGAGAUGUUUCCAGCUGCUUUCACAUAAUAAUGACCGGUGCAUGUAUGUAGUUAGGCAUUUGGUGGUGUAAAGGCAUAGAGUUGUUGCACAAAGCAACUAAAGUCUUUGUCCCGGAGCCCUUGGAGAGAUGGAGGGACAGGAUGGCAAAGGGAUUCAUAAUAAUGACAGUAAUCAAAAGGCAGAGAAGAGGUUUGCGCUCUGUUACAUGGGCUGGUCGUCUCUGGACAGGCGAACCACGCUGCCCAUGCUGCCGUGGCUGGUGGCGGAGAUCCGGAGAAAAAGUGAGAAGAACGAGUCCGGUCCCGCACAGGCCAGAGAAGUUCAGCUGUGUCUCUCGUCCACUCUGAUCCGCUGCGUGCCCGCAAACAGCAGCAACCCGUCCGUGUUCAUAUUCGAGCACAAAGCACAGUUUAUAUCCAGGUUUAUCCAUAAUAGUCAUGACCUGUCUUAUUUUGCCUACCUUAUCAGAAGUCAGCCAGAGAACCCAGAGUCUGAGAUGGCAUGCCAUGUGUUCAAAGCAUGUGAUCCAAAUCAGGUGCCUGAGGUUAUUAGCAGCAUUAGACAGGUGUCCAAGGCUGCACUUAAGGAGGAAAGCAAGCCCAAGCAAGAGAGUGACGAGUCUUUCUACAACUCCCAAAAGUUCGAAGUACUUUACUGUGGAAAAGUGACUGUCAACCACAAGAAAGCCCCUUCCACUCUAAUUGACGACUGCAUUGACAAAUUCCGCCAACACGAGCUUGAACGCAAGCGUCUGCGGCUCCUCAAUGGCCAGCGUAGCUCCACCGAGGCCCCCGUAGAGUUCAUCAUGGGCGAUGACCCUCUAAGCUCCUCCCUCUGCGAAGUUGACGAACCUGAGGCAGAACCCAGCUCGACUGAGGAAGAGCUGUCUGAGUUGGGCAAUGGGAAACUGACUAGCUCUUCCAGUACAGGCAGCCUGCGAGGGGCCUUUCCUGAGUGCAUUUUGGAGGACUCUGGUUUUGGGGAGCAGCAGGAGAUUCGUACGCGCUGUAAUAGCCUGGCGGGCGGCCUGCAGAAAAAACCCAGAGAGGCAGGCAAGGGGUCAACGCGUAGGAGACACGCUAGCGCGCCCAAUAACGUGCAGCCGUCUGAUGCUGAUAAGAAUCGCACAAUGCUGUUCCAGGUUGGACGGUUUGAAGUGAAUCUCAUCAGCCCUGACACCAAAACUGUGGUUCUGGAGAAGAAUUUUAAGGACAUCUCAUCCUGUUCACAGGGUGUUAAACAGACAGAUCACUUUGGCUUUAUUUGUCGGGAUGUGGUGGAGUCUGGCCCAGCCCAGUAUGUGUGUUACGUGUUCCAGUGUGCUAGUGAGUCUCUGGUGGAUGAAGUAAUGCUCACCCUGAAACAAGCUUUUAGCACGGCAGCAGCUAUGCAGAGCUCCAAGAACCAAGUCAAACUGUGCGAGGAUUGUCCAAUGCACGACUUGCACAAGCUCUGUGAGAGAAUAGAAGGCUUGUAUCCUCCCAGGGCAAAACUAGCCAUUCAGAAGUACCUGUCCCAACUGAGCGACAAUGAGCAGGUCAACAUAUUCGAAAGGGUGCAGAAAAUGAAGCCAGCAUCUGAUCAUGAAGAAAACGAGCUUGUGAUUCUUCACCUCCGACAGUUGUGUGAGACCAAGCAGAAAUCUCAUGUUCAUAUUGGAGAGGUCCCACAGAAUGCUUCUGGCAGCACUCUGACCUCUGAUAACUCCAGUGCGGGCCGCAAUAAACUGGACUUGUUGAAGAACAAAGCCCGUAGUUCUUUGACGAGCUCCCUGGAGAACAUCAUCUCACGGGGAGCCAACCGUAUGCGAAUGCGUUUGGGCAGCAUGGGAAGUUUUGACCGCGGCGACUCUCCUGGUGACUCCCCACCUGAGACUCCACCCAGUUACCUUGAGGACGACCCAGAUGCCCCGCAGUUCCGUCGCCGGGCUCACACCUUCAGCCACCCGCCUAUCAAGAAAAGGAUCUCCUUCACUGAGGUUUCCUCCCAGGCCUGUAAGGCUCCACUUCGCCGACAGCAGUCUUUGGCCCCAGAGCUGCUGCAGAGCAGCACCGUUGGUAGUACAAGAGCGCGCAGCGUCUCUGAGAGUGACUCCUACUUCAGUCUCUCAUCCUCCUUCCACACCCCCACUUUCCUGAAAACCUUUUACCAGGGCUCCCUUGGCUCAUUGGCUUCCCUGUCGGACAGCGGGAGUCUUAAGAGUGGUAAUGGGGAGGGCAGGAAGAGGUCUCUGUCAGGUUGUAGCACCGAUUCUUUGACCUUGGUGCCUCCACGCAGAGUUUCUUGGCGGCAGAAGAUUUUCUUGAGGGUGGCGUCACCCAUGAACAAACCCUCCACAUCUAUGCAAAACGUGGAGCACAUGGAUGGCCGGGAGCUGCUGCCACUUUCUCCUCGGGCUUUGAAACAGGAUCAAGACCCUCAGGCCAGCCCCCUCUCCCCAGAGCAGGGCUUUGGUGGAGAGAAGGGCCGGCGCAGCCCAGCUGACUACAGGGCCCUGUGGAAGAAAGCCAUCCACCAACAGAUUUUGCUCAUCCGCAUGGAGAAAGAGAAUCAGCGCCUGGAGGCCAGCCGUGAUGAAUUGCACAUUCGUAAAAUGAAGCUGGACUACCAGGAAGUGUGUCAGUGCUCCAAAGAGGUGCAGGCUGUGUGGGACAGGAAGUUGAGCAGCCCCUGCCGCACUAAAGUACAGUGGGAUAAAGAAGAGAUUCACAGUGCCGUCUGCCAGGGUGUCCCCAAAAGUCGGCGAGGUGAGGUGUGGCUCCUCCUUUCCCAGCAGUAUCGUCUGCGUCACCGUCUGCCGCAGCGGCAGCAGCCCCCUGAAACUCCUUAUCAGGAUCUCCUCAAGCAGCUCACAGCACAGCAACACGCCAUCCUGGUCGACCUUGGCCGGACAUUCCCAACACACCAGUAUUUCAGUGCUCAGCUGGGAGCUGGGCAACUGUCUCUGUACAAUCUCCUAAAGGCCUACUCCCUGCUGGACACGGAGGUGGGCUACUGCCAGGGCAUCAGUUUUGUGGCCGGUUUGCUACUGUUGCAUAUGAGCGAGGAACAGGCUUUUGACACUCUUAAGUUCCUCAUGUACGAUCUGGGUAUUCGCCGGCAGUACCGUCCCGACAUGAUCUCCCUGCAGAUCCAGAUGUACCAGCUGUCCCGACUGCUGCACGACUAUCACCGUAACCUGUACACUCACCUGGAGGAGCACGAGAUCUGCCCCAGCCUGUACGCCGCACCCUGGUUCCUCACUCUCUUCGCCUCUCAGUUCCCGCUUGGUUUUGUUGCCCGUAUAUUUGACCUCCUGUUUGUCCAAGGCACUGAGGUGAUUUUUAAGGUGGCCCUUUGUUUGCUGAGCAGCCACGAGGGAGAGAUACUGGAGUGUGACGGCUUUGAAAGUAUCGUGGACUACCUUAAAUCCACAAUCCCCACCCUCACUUACAGCCAAAUGGAAGAGACAAUCACCAAGGCGACUGAGAUGGACAUCUCCAAGCAGCUGCACGCAUAUGAAGUGGAGUACCACGUCCUGCAGGAUGAGCUGUCAGACGCUCCUCCACCAUCAGAGGAGUCUGAUAGGCUAGAUAAACUGGAAAAAGCCAAUGCCCAGCUCAAGAAACAGAACAUGGACUUGCUAGAGAAACUGCAAGCGGCUCGUUUGAAGAUUCAGACAUUGGAGAGCAGCGUGGAGAGCUUCCUGUCACGAGAGAGCAAGAUGAAGCACUUGAUCCGUUCUCUGGAACAGGAGAAAGCUUCCUACCAGAAGACCAUUGAGCGCAUGCGUAGCAGUUUACCAUCAGAUGCCAUGACUGAUGUGGAGAUGACACAACUCAAGUCCAGCACCAAUGGGAAAGCCAAAGCUGCCUGUAAAAAGCCUUGAAUCACAAUCCUACUGACUGAUGCAUCAUAUAGGUACAUCAGUAGUGUUACUCUGCUUAUUCCUCUAGGUUCCCAUCGUGCUUCACCUUUGAUGGCCUACAUCUUUACAUUUGAGAAAUGGGAACGUUUGACACCUUGCGACCGCACUAAAAAAACUUGAAAACAAUAAGGAAGUGUUUCCUUUCCAAAGAGCAGCAUGACUAGUCCGCGUACGUGGCGUGUUGCAUUCAUUUCCACAUGUGACUUUAUGCUCACUGUGAAGGUUUUUUUUCACCUGGCACUCCAAACCUGGAGUUUGGAGGAAACCAAAUAUUUACCAGGUCGACCUUUUGCUUAAAGUGCUUCACCUAAAGUGCAGGCAGGAAGUGAAACCAUCUGCUGCUGGGUUUCCUCUGCAACUUACAAACAGUCUGGCUGUCCAGAAUCCCCAGUUUGAGCUCAUGGGCUUCAAGCGAGUUACUGUCUGAAGACAUGAAGAGUUACUUGUCUUUAAACCAUCACCUUUGAUAAUGCACAGUAUUCUGUGUGUGAAGUGAAGAAGUAUGCCUGAAAAACGUGUUGGAUACUAUGCCAUAAAGAUAUGUGCAUGUAAUCAUAAUAAAUCCAAAAAUCCUUUGGGGAUUUUACCAUAGCUUGGGUUUCUUUUCAGUUGAUUACUUGUAGUUUUGUGUCGCACUGUACUUGACAUCUGCGCAAAUAUUUUUGUAGUGUUGUAUAAGAGCUGAAGCAUUGUAUUUCAUUCAUUUUUUUUGUCUUACAGGUUUUACUUGAUGUUAGUUCAUUUGGGCCUAAUACAACAAAAAUGAUAACUGAUACAUUGGGUUAAACCACCUGUUGGUGGCUAAAUAAGACUAUAUAUACAGUAAGAAGAAUCACACUGUAUUGGUCACUCAUCUAACCAUGUGAAUGUAAACUUAAAGCAGGAUUAUCUACUUGAACACUCAUUCUUGUUUGUCUGUCUUCAAGUUGUCUACUUUUGUUUUGACUAAACCAAUCUCAAUUCACCUUGUUCUGACACUUCAAUGAAUGAGUCACAAUUGUAGUAAGAUGUUAAAACUCUUAGGGCAGUGUUGGUAAACUUAAUCAAAAGCUUCUUUCUGCCAUUUUGCGUUUGAAUAUGUCAAAAUUGACAUAUUAAGAAGUGUUACUGCUGGGCUGGUGGUGGUUACCAGUGGUGUGUAAAAUAUGUCUGAUCUUUAUUCUAGGUAGUGGUUUUUGAUUGUUUUUGGAUUGUUUUCUUUAUGUAAUACAUUUGUGACAUUGCAAAUGGAAAAUACUUGCAUAUCUUUGGAGAAAGUGAAAACAUAUGUGCAUGUUUAAUCAAGGGCUGCAAAUACAUCACCUGUUCAGAGAAGGUACAUCCUAGCAAUACACCUGCACCAAAGUUUAACGAUGUGAAGGACGGGAGAAAGGAUUCGUCGUAAAAAUGCACAAGGGCAAGGACACAUUGUCCUAAUUUUUCAAUAUUUCUCAGUGCUAUCAUGAAAUAUGAUGUCUUCUUACAUAAAAGACAUAAAGCAAAUGGUCGGGUGGUAUGUUUGAUAUAUCAUAGUCAUACUUUUUCAUACUUUAUAUUCAAUGUGCCAAAACUUGUUCAUCAUUACCAUCACUUUUCCAUUAUCACAUGCCAUUGUUACGUCUCAGCACCUUCUUCACAAAGAUGCUGAGUUCUGUUGGACUACAUUUAUUUCAGAUUCACUUUGGUUUGCAAUGAAUCUUUGGUAAUCAUUGAAAAUGUGUGCUGACAAUAUCUUGUGAUUGUUUCUUUUGAUUUUGGCUGAAUUGUCAGUCCUCCAUACUCCAUUAAAAUCAACUUUUUAUACCUCAA